AUGACGACACGACAAGAAUCUGUGAGCGACUUUGCGCUGUCCUCGCCAGUCUUCAACAAGCUGGCGGGCAAGCGGGUCGUCCUGGCCUCUGCCAGUCCGAGGCGCAAGGAGAUCCUCGCCAGCGUCGGCAUUCAUCCCGAGAUCGUCCCCUCGACGUUCAAGGAGGAUCUGCCCAAGGCGGCCUUCCGGGGCGAAGGCGCGUUUCAGUACCCCGUCGAGACGGGCGCCAAGAAGGCCCUCGAGGUCUACGAGAGAUUAGUCUCCGAGAACCCCGAGGAUCCACCAGACUUUGUCAUCAGCGCCGACACCGUCGUGAUCCGAGACGACGAGAUCUUGGAGAAGCCGCUGGACGCUCAGGACAACCUGCGCAUGCUCGCCGACCUUAACGGAAAGACGUGUCAAGUCGUGACCGGAGUCACAUUCAUCUACCCCAUCCUCCAGGCACCCGGCUACAAGGCUCGAUCCCUGUUCGAGACGACGACGGUGCAGUUUGCGGAUAACCCCGCCUCGCUGCUCAAGGCCUACGUCGAGUCGGGCGAGGGACUCGACCGCGCCGGGGGCUUUGCCAUUCAAGGCCGAGCCUCACUCCUCAUCAAGGGCAUCCAAGGCGACUUUAACAACGUCGUCGGCUUCCCGCUCUUCAGCUUCCACAACUUCCUCCAUCAGCUCAUUGAGGACGACGAGCUGGAAAUCGAGGGCGAGGACUUGUAG